AUGGAAUCAAAACCAACCCCACCAAAUCCACCCCUAGAAACCCACCUCGUAUCCACCAUCACUACUCAGAACAAAUUCUCGGCCUUUGACAAUGAAAGCCCUGACAUGCCAAACAGUCCAAUGCAAACAACACAAGAAAAAGAUUUCCUAACAGAAAUAAAAGCAGACACUGUUAUCCUUUGCGAUUCCAAUGGAAGAAACAUAAAUCCAACACUACUGUGCCCCAACUCCACCACCAAAUACCUGAAAUGCCCUACAGUAAAACAAGCUAGAGAAAUCCUUGACCGACACUAA